GGCCUGCGGGAGGGGGCGGAGUCCGGCCCACCCAGGCUAUAAAGACGGGCGGGGCGGAGCGCGCAAAGGGCGCGGUGUUAGCAGCGGGACGGGUUUGCGGAAGAUUUUGUGGACAAUCACAAUGGAAAGCAAAGGAGGCUUCAUCUUUCUGCUCAUCCUCGCUGUGCUCUGCCGUUCAGGUCAUAGCCUGACAUGCUACGCCUGUAUUGACAGUGAAACCUGCAACAAGACCAAUGUUUGUUCAGUUAAUCAUGAUGCAUGUCUGUUGGUCAAAGCUGAUCCAAAACUUUUUUACCGCCAGUGUUGGAAGUUUGAUGAAUGCAGCUACCUCUCCAUCUCCAAAGCCCUGGGGCUGAAGAAGCUCGAGUACAGCUGUUGCCAGAAGGACCUGUGCAACGGGAGUGCCAGGGUCUCUGGGAUGACAGCGCUGAUGCUGUUCCCCCUGCUGGCGGCAGCCUUGACGCUUUGUCUCUAAAUCAACACUGGGAGGCCUUCUCCUAAACUUUCCGUGUCUCCGUAUACUCCUUAUUUCCUUGGCUGCUGCAUGCCCAAAGCUUUAUUUCACCUGUCCCGUUGGGCAAAACUAACACUAGUUUGGGCAACUUGGUGACGAGAGAGACUCUGAAAGACGUUGAAGGUCAGUCCUGUGGGCAGCGAAGACCAGUCGGAGGGACAUGGUAUAAAAGGGUACAGCACGUGCGAUCUGAGCUCGGCUGCACGUUCCUUCCUUGGCUUUUCACAAGAGCAGCCUCGCAGGGACAGCUUGAGUACCUCAGAUCCUCUGCAGGGCCCGGUCAUGGUUAUUUCCCCUCUGAGGGCUUGGAGGUGAUUUUUAAAUACUCUGAUCUGGGGGGGAGGGCGGUGGUACUGGGACAGGGGGUUCUUUUCAACAGCCUCUCCCAGGGAAUGCUUUCAUCCUCUCCCUUUAUGGCUCCCGCGCUGCCAAGCAGGCCCGACCACGCUCCCACAUGUGGGCUGUUGGGGAGCGGCCCUGAGAUUCUCAGUGCUGGGUGAUCACAGUGACCUUUGUAGUCUCAACUCGUGGGGGUCUGGCAGGGAAGGAGGGGAGCUUUCCACACGGCAGGGCCUUGAACUCCCCAGGUCUGUCUUCCGAAAGGUAGCAGUGGCUAAAAUCUGAGUUUUCCUCUAUCACUCAGUUGUGAAUGGGCUUUGCUUGUCUGCAGUAGAGAAACUUAGCACCUAAUAAUGAUGUGUGAAAACUAUCCCUUCAACUUUUGCAUCGGAUUGGUGGGGUAUCUUGGCUUUGUCACACGCAGUUAAAGUCUGAACGUUGGGACAUUCUUUGUUAAAAAUAACUCGUAGUGGGGCACCUGGGUGGCUCAGUGGGUUAAAGCCUCUGCCUUCGGCUCAGGUCACGGUCCCAGGGUUCUGGGAUUGAGGCUCUCUGCUCAGCAGGGAGUCUGCUUCCCCAUCUCUCUCUGCUUGCCUCUCUGCCUACUUGUAAUCUCGAGAUAUCUGUCAAAUAAAUAAAUAAAAUCUUUAAAAAAAAAAAAAAGACUCGUAGUAUUAAGGGUUCCUAUUUUAAGUAGUAGUGGUAGCAGGUCUCUUCUUUUGCGUCUGGAUGCUAUGUGAACCUGGAGGCAGGAUCCUCUCUGGCUGCAGUGGGGGGCCUCCAGAUGUCCUCGUGAAUAGCAGCAGGGGUGCGUUUAGCCAACGACACCGGGCCUGCGUUGCCCCCUGGCUGACUUAGCACAAUUUGCUGAGGAGACAUUUGUCAAGGUUAUUAGCAUAAUAACCAAUGUUGAGGCUUUCAGAAGCACUCCUGGUUUCCUAAAAAGUGGUACACUUUUUUUUUUUUUAAGAUUUUAUUUAUUUAUUUGACAGAGAGACAGAGAUCACAAAUAGGCAGAGAGGCAGGCAGAGGGGGGUGGGGGGGGGAAGCAGGCUCCCUGCCACGCAGAGAGCCAGAUUCGGGGCUUAAUCCCAGGACCUUGGGAUCAUGACCUGAGGUGAAGGCAGAGGCCUAACCCACUGAGCCACCCAGGCACCCCUAAAAGUGUUACACCUUUUGAGGAAGAGUUUUGCCUUUUUCUUGGGGCUGUUGCUGAAUAAUUCGCAAGAUCCAGCAGUCGGAAGGACACUUGUUUUCUUAUCAUCUCGGCUGUCUCACAGCUUGGCUUUUUGCAGAUGAAGGUGGGACUUCAGGAUUAACAUUUUUUUUCACUCCCUUGCUCAUGUAAUUUAUGUAACAGGCUGGAAUGACUGAUGCCUUUCUGAAAAUAAAAUGUAAUCAAGUG